AUGAAAACUAACCUCCAAAAAGAAGCACAUGAGAUUAAAAAGCUAAAACUAGAGGCACAACAUGAAAAACAGAGAGUGGAGGAAAUGGCAGCUCAACUCCAAAAGGAGAAAGAUGAUGUCAUUGAUCUCAUCGAGGAGACAAAAAGAAAACACACAAUCUUGGAUGAAAUGAAUGCUGAUAUUGAAGAGAAAAGGAAAGUCUUUCAAUCUGAUAAAGACAUGCUUGAGAAGCAAAAACUUGACCUGGAGAAAAACAAAUGUGAAAUUGAAUGUGCCAAGAAAGAUCUUGAACAGAAACUUGUAGAGCAAAGAGAAAAGAAUGAGAUCAAACUGGCAGAGAUACAGAAAGAAAGAGAAUCUCUAGAGUCGAUGAGUGUGAACAUCACAAGACAAACAAAUGACACAGAAAGAGAAAAGGAACAAAUAAGACACAAACAAAAAGAACUUGAGCAACUGCAAGCUGAAAUUCAGAAUCAGCAAAAGCAACUAGAUAAUGACAGCGCCAUUAUACUUAUGGAAAGAAGUCAGCUCGAUCUGAGACUAAUUGAUCUAGAUAAACAACAAACAGAAUUGAAUGCCACUAUGGACUCAAUAAAGAUUGAGCGAAGUGAACUAGAUAAGGAUAAAAAAGAGAUUGAAGAAAAUAUGGAAAACUUGGAAAUUUUAAGACAAGACUUACUUAAAGAAAGGGAGUUAAUUGAUGACAACAGAAUAUUUCUGCAUAAAGAAAGUGAUGAUUUAGACCAAAAUAAAAAGAAUUUGGCUCAGGAGUUGAAGAUGAUAACAUUUCAGAAACGUGCACUUGAAGAUGAAAAGGACAAAUUAGAACAGAUGCAGAUCCAGCUACAAAGAGAAACUGAUGAUUUUAGAAAUCUAAAGGAAGAGACAGAUAAUGAAAGACAACAUUUGGAAGAAAUGGCUGCACAACUUCAGAAAGAAAGAGAUGAGAUUGUGGAAUUUGCAACUAACGAAAAGAACAGUGUUGAAAGCGAAAGAGCUGCAAUGGCCAAAGAAAAACAGGACUUGAUGAAUGAGUUGAAAAAGAAGACUGAAAAUGUGGAACUCCUCAUGGAAGAGGUACUUAGAGAGAAGAAAUUACUUGAAAAGGCCAGGCAGUUACUGAAUAGAGAUAUAGAAGAUGUAGAUAAAAAGAGAGCUAAUUUAGACAAAGACUCAGCGAGUCUCAAAUUUGAGAGAGAAGCUUUUGAGGGUGAGAAGGAAAUAAUUGGACAAUUGAAAUAUGAGCUACGAAGAGAAGCCAAUGAGACUGAGAAGCUAAAAUUACAGAUACAACAUGAAAGACAGAGGGUGGAGGAAAUGGCAGCUCAACUCCAAAAGGAGAAAGAUGAUGUCAUUGAUCUCAUCGAGGAGACAAAAAGAAAACACACAAUCUUGGAUGAAAUGAAUGCUGAUAUUGAAGAGAAAAGGAAAGUCUUUCAAUCUGAUAAAGACAUGCUUGAGAAGCAAAAACUUGACCUGGAGAAAAACAAAUGUGAAAUUGAAUGUGCCAAGAAAGAUCUUGAACAGAAACUUGUAGAGCAAAGAGAAAAGAAUGAGAUCAAACUGGCAGAGAUACAGAAAGAAAGAGAAUCUCUAGAGUCGAUGAGUGUGAACAUCACAAGACAAACAAAUGACACAGAAAGAGAAAAGGAACAAAUAAGACACAAACAAAAAGAACUUGAGCAACUGCAAGCUGAAAUUCAGAAUGAACAAAAGGAAGUGGACAAUGCCAGAGCCAUUAUAAUAAGGGACAGAAAUCAGCUUGAUCUGAGACAGGGUGAGCUAGACAAACAACAGACAAAUGUCAAUGAUAUAAUGGAACUAAUGAGAAAUGAAAGAGGCCAACUAGAUAAGGAUAAAGAAGAGAUGGAAGAACAGAAACAGCAAAUGGAAAACAAUUUGAGAGAUGCCCUCAAGACAGAGACUGAGAACUUGGAGCUUCUUAGGCAAGACUUACUUAAAGAAAGGGAAUUGAUUGAUAAUAACAGAAAAAUGUUGCAGAAAGAAGGUGACGAUGUAGAUCAAAUAAGAAAGAACCUAGUUCAGGACUUGGAGAUGAUAACACUUCAGAAACAAGAGUCUGAAGAUGAGAAGACUAAGAUAGAACAGAUGAAGAUCCAACUACAGAGAGAAAAUGAUUACAUAAGAAAGCUAAAAGAAGAAACACAGAAUGAUAGACAGAAUUUGGAAAAUAUGGCAACCCAACUUCAGAAAGACAGAGAUGAAAUUGCCAUUCUAGCCAAAGAGAUAAAAAACAAAAAUGAAAUUCUGGAUGAAAUGAAAGUUGCAAACGAAUCUGCAUCAGCAAAUCUACAUAGAGAGAAAGAGAAUCUCGAGCAAAUGAGAGUGCAAAUUUCUAAACAAACAGAGAAUAUUGAAAAUGAAAAAGACAAAAUAAGAGCCAGUAAAAAUGAACUAAAACGGCUGCAAGCAGACAUUUAUAAACAAACAAGUGAAAUGGAAAACCUCAAACAAAUCAUCACUUCAGAGGAGAACCAGCUUGAACUGAGAAAGGCUGAAAUAGAAAAACAACAAAAAGAAGUUAAUGACAUUGUGGAAUUCACAAAGAAUGAAAAGAGCCUUCUUGAAAAUGAAAGAGCUGCAAUAAUCAGUGAAAAAGAGGACAUGAUGGAUGAACUGAAAAAGAAGUCUGAAUAUGUGGAUCUCCUCUUGAAAGAGGUACUGACUGAAAAGGAAUUACUGAAGAGAAAUGUGGAAGAUGUAGAAAGAAAAAGAGCCAAUGUAGACAAAGAUUCAGAGAGUCUUAAACUUGAGAGAGACACUUUUGAGAAUGAGAAGGAAACGAUGGAAAAAAUGAAAACUAACCUCCAAAAAGAAGCACAUGAGAUUAAAAAGAUAAAACUAGAGGCACAACAUGAAAAACAGAGAGUGGAGGAAAUGGCAGCUCAACUCCAAAAGGAGAAAGAUGAUGUCAUUGAUCUCAUCGAGGAGACAAAAAGAAAACACACAAUCUUGGAUGAAAUGAAUGCUGAUAUUGAAGAGAAAAGGAAAGUCUUUCAAUCUGAUAAAGACAUGCUUGAGAAGCAAAAACUUGACCUGGAGAAAAACAAAUGUGAAAUUGAAUGUGCCAAGAAAGAUCUUGAACAGAAACUUGUAGAGCAAAGAGAAAAAAAUGAGAUCAAAUUGGCAGAGCUACAGAAAGAAAGAGAAUCUCUAGAGUCGAUGAGUGUGAACAUCACAAGACAAACAAAUGACACAGAAAGAGAAAAGGAACAAAUAAGACACAAACAAAAAGAACUUGAGCAACUGCAAGCUGAAAUUCAGAAUCAGCAAAAGCAACUAGAUAAUGACAGCGCCAUUAUACUUAUGGAAAGAAGUCAGCUCGAUCUGAGACUAAUUGAUCUAGAUAAACAACAAACAGAAUUGAAUGCCACUAUGGACUCAAUAAAGAUUGAGAGAAGUGAACUACAUAAGGAUAAAAAAGAGAUUGAAGAAAAUAUGGAAAACUUGGAAAUUUUAAGACAAGACUUACUUAAAGAAAGGGAGUUAAUUGAUGACAACAGAAUAUUUCUGCAUAAAGAAAGUGAUGAUUUAGACCAAAAGAAAAAGAAUUUGGCUCAGGAGUUGAAGAUGAUAACAUUUCAGAAACGUGCAUUUGAAGAUGAAAAGGACAAAUUAGAACAGAUGCAGAUCCAGCUACAAAGAGAAACUGAUGAUUUUAGAAAUCUAAAGGAAGAGACAGAUAAUGAAAGACAACAUUUGGAAGAAAUGGCUGCACAACUUCAGAAAGAAAGAGAUGAGAUUGUGGAAUUUGCAACUAACGAAAAGAACAGUGUUGAAAGCGAAAGAGCUGCAAUGGCCAAAGAAAAACAGGACUUGAUGAAUGAGUUGAAAAAGAAGACUGAAAAUGUGGAACUCCUCAUGGAAGAGGUACUUAGAGAGAAGAAAUUACUUGAAAAGGCCAGGCAGUUACUGAAUAGAGAUAUAGAAGAUGUAGAUAAAAAGAGAGCUAAUUUAGACAAAGACUCAGAGAGUCUCAAAUUUGAGAGAGAAGCUUUUGAGGGUGAGAAGGAAAUAAUUGGACAAUUGAAAUAUGAGCUACGAAGAGAAGCCGAUGAGACUGAGAAGCUAAAAUUAGAGAUACAACAUGAAAGACAGAGGGUGGAGGAAAUGGCAGCUCAACUCCAAAAGGAGAAAGAUGAUGUCAUUGAUCUCAUCGAGGAGACAAAAAGAAAACACACAAUCUUGGAUGAAAUGAAUGCUGAUAUUGAAGAGAAAAGGAAAGUCUUUCAAUCUGAUAAAGACAUGCUUGAGAAGCAAAAACUUGACCUGGAGAAAAACAAAUGUGAAAUUGAAUGUGCCAAGAAAGAUCUUGAACAGAAACUUGUAGAGCAAAGAGAAAAGAAUGAGAUCAAACUGGCAGAGAUACAGAAAGAAAGAGAAUCUCUAGAGUCGAUGAGUGUGAACAUCACAAGACAAACAAAUGACACUGAAAGAGAAAAGGAACAAAUAAGACACAAACAAAAAGAACUUGAGCAACUGCAAGCUGAAAUUCAGAAUGAACAAAAGGAAGUGGACAAUGCCAGAGCCAUUAUAAUAAGGGACAGAAAUCAGCUUGAUCUGAGACAGGGUGAGCUAGACAAACAACAGACAAAUGUCAAUGAUAUAAUGGAACUAAUGAGAAAUGAAAGAGGCCAACUAGAUAAGGAUAAAGAAGAGAUGGAAGAACAGAAACAGCAAAUGGAAAACAAUUUGAGAGAUGCCCUGCAAGACUUACUUAAAGAAAGGGAAUUGAUUGAUAAUAACAGAACAAUGUUGCAGAAAGAAGGUGACGAUGUAGAUCAAAUAAGAAAGAACCUAGUUCAGGACUUGGAGAUGAUAACACUUCAGAAACAAGAGUCUGAAGAUGAGAAGACUAAGAUAGAACAGAUGAAGAUCCAACUACAGAGAGAAAAUGAUCACAUAAGAAAGCUAAAAGAAGAAACACAGAAUGAUAGACAGAAUUUGGAAAAUAUGGCAACCCAACUUCAGAAAGACAGAGAUGAAAUUGCCAUUCUAGCCAAAGAGAUAAAAAACAAAAAUGAAAUUCUGGAUGAAAUGAAAGUUGCAAACGAAUCUGCAUCAGCAAAUCUACAAAGAGAGAAAGAGAAUCUCGAGCAAAUGAGAGUGCAAAUUUCUAAACAAUCAGAGGAUAUUGAAAAUGAAAAAGACAAAAUAAGAGCCAGUAAAGAUGAACUAAAACGGCUGCAAGCAGACAUUUAUAAACAAACAAGUGAAAUGGAAAACCUCAAACAAAUCAUCACUUCAGAGGAGAACCAGCUUGAACUGAGAAAGGCUGAAAUAGAAAAACAACAAAAAGAAGUUAAUGACAUUUUGGAAUUCACAAAGAAUGAAAAGAGCCUUCUUGAAAAUGAAAGAGCUGCAAUGAUCAGUGAAAAAGAGGACAUGAUGGAUGAACUGAAAAAGAAGUCUGAAUAUGUGCAUCUCCUCUUGAAAGAGAGAGUGGAGGAAAUGGCAGCUCAACUCCAAAAGGAGAAAGAUGAUGUCAUUGAUCUCAUCGAGGAGACAAAAAGAAAACACACAAUCUUGGAUGAAAUGAAUGCUGAUAUUGAAGAGAAAAGGAAAGUCUUUCAAUCUGAUAAAGACAUGCUUGAGAAGCAAAAACUUGACCUGGAGAAAAACAAAUGUGAAAUUGAAUGUGCCAAGAAAGAUCUUGAACAGAAACUUGUAGAGCAAAGAGAAAAAAAUGAGAUCAAAUUGGCAGAGAUACAGAAAGAAAGAGAAUCUCUAGAGUCGAUGAGUGUGAACAUCACAAGACAAACAAAUGACACUGAAAGAGAAAAGGAACAAAUAAGACACAAACAAAAAGAACUUGAGCAACUGCAAGCUGAAAUUCAGAAUGAACAAAAGGAAGUGGACAAUGCCAGAGCCAUUAUAAUAAGGGACAGAAAUCAGCUUGAUCUGAGACAGGCUGAGCUAGACAAACAACAGACAAAUGUCAAUGAUAUAAUGGAACUAAUGAGAAAUGAAAGAGGCCAACUAGAUAAGGAUAAAGAAGAGAUGGAAGAACAGAAACAGCAAAUGGAAAACAAUUUGAGAGAUGCCCUCAAGACAGAGACUGAGAACUUGGAGCUUCUUAGGCAAGACUUACUUAAAGAAAGGGAAUUGAUUGAUAAUAACAGAACAAUGUUGCAGAAAGAAGGUGACGAUGUAGAUCAAAUAAGAAAGAACCUAGUUCAGGACUUGGAGAUGAUAACACUUCAGAAACAAGAGUCUGAAGAUGAGAAGACUAAGAUAGAACAGAUGAAGAUCCAACUACAGAGAGAAAAUGAUUACAUAAGAAAGCUAAAAGAAGAAACACAGAAUGAUAGACAGAAUUUGGAAAAUAUGGCAACCCAACUUCAGAAAGACAGAGAUGAAAUUGCCAUUCUAGCCGAAGAGAUAAAAAACAAAAAUGAAAUUCUGGAUGAAAUGAAAGUUGCAAAUGAAUCUGCAUCAGCAAAUCUACAAAGAGAGAAAGAGAAUCUCGAGCAAAUGAGAGUGCAAAUUUCUAAACAAACAGAGGAUAUUGAAAAUGAAAAAGACAAAAUAAGAGCCAGUAAAGAUGAACUAAAACGGCUGCAAAAACGUGCAUUUGAAGAUGAAAAGGACAAAUUAGAACAGAUGCAGAUCCAGCUACAAAGAGAAACUGAUGAUUUUAGGAAUCUAAAGGAAGAGACAGAUAAUGAAAGACAACAUUUGGAAGAAAUGGCUGCACAACUUCAGAAAGAAAGAGAUGAGAUUGUGGAAUUUGCAACUAACGAAAAGAACAGUGUUGAAAGCGAAAGAGCUGCAAUGGCCAAAGAAAAACAGGACUUGAUGAAUGAGUUGAAAAAGAAGACUGAAAAUGUGGAACUCCUCAUGGAAGAGGUACUUAGAGAGAAGAAAUUACUUGAAAAGGCCAGGCAGUUACUGAAUAGAGAUAUAGAAGAUGUAGAUAAAAAGAGAGCUAAUUUAGACAAAGACUCAGAGAGUCUCAAAUUUGAGAGAGAAGCUUUUGAGGGUGAGAAGGAAAUAAUUGGACAAUUGAAAUAUGAGCUACGAAGAGAAGCCAAUGAGACUGAGAAGCUAAAAUUAGAGAUACAACAUGAAAGACAGAGGGUGGAGGAAAUGGCAACUCAACUCCAAAAAGAAAGACAUGAUUUCAGUUAUCUAGUUGAGGACACAAAAAGAAAGAAAGAUAUUUUGGAUAACACUUAUAUUGAAAUACAGAAGGAACAACAAGCAAUUAAGAGUGACAAAGACUUGCUCAGAAAGGAACAUUCUGAUAUGGAGAAAACCAAAGCUAAGGAAGAUCUUGAAUGCCAACUUGCUGAACUUAAGUCAAAACUUGAGAUCACAAUGGAAGAGAUACAGCAAGAGAGAGACACUCUUCAGCAGACGAGUGAGAAAAUCUCAAGAGAAAGAAUUAUCCUUGAAAAUGAAAAGGAGCAGUUAAGAAUGGGAAUGGAUGAUCUUGAGAGAAUGAGAGCAGACAUUAAGAAACAGCGAGAAGAUCUCUUGAGGUUCGAAAUCCCACUAGAAGAGAGUCUGCUUGGGAAAGCAAAGACUGCAAGGGUUUUUCAGCAGAGUGCAGUGGAUGCAGCCAACAGAGUCUCAGAAAAGGAGAGGACUGAUCCUGAUGGACAAAGAGUCUUGGUAGAGCAAAUGAAGGAAUUACACUUCGAUUUGAAAGAUGCAUUAGAAACAGACACAGAGAGAAUGAAGCCAGACAUACCUGAUAAAGAUGAGAUUAAGUCUGAGAAGCAGCUUAUUGAAGAUGAGAGGGAGAAGUUGGAUCAGAUGAGAGCUGAGAUGAUAAAUGAAGCAAAUCAUAUUGAAGAGGAAAAACAGGACAUCCAGAAUGAAAGACAGAAGCUAGAAGAAAUGGCAGCUCAACUUCAAGAAGAAAGGGGGAUUAUUGAGAGCCUUAAUGAGGAGAGUAAUGUGCAGAAAUACAAUAAACAAAGAGUUGCAAUUGAAUUUGAAAUGGAGAAGGCUGAUCUUGAGAAAAUAAAGACAGAAAUUGCUAAAGCCAACGAUUAUUUUGCAGAACAAAGGGAAAAUCAUGAGAUGACAAUUGCAGAGAUAAAGAGCGAGAAGGACACUGUUGAAGAAAUGAGGAUGGACAUCUCUAAACAAGUGGAAAGUAUUGAAAACGAGAAUGAAAAGCUAUCACGCAGACAAAGUGAACUUGUACAGCUCCAAGGAGACGUUCUAAAACAACAGCAGGAGAUGGAUGAGCUGAAGAACAUUGUCAUGAUGGAAAUGAAUCAGCUUGACCAGAGACAGACUGAUAUUGAUCAUUUACAGAGAGAGGUUGAUGAUUUAAUGGAAUUUACAAAGACAGAAAUGAUGAAUAUAGAAAAAGAAAGGGUGGAAUUGAUGGGGCAAAAGAGGAAUAUGGAAAGCAAUAUGGUCAUGCUAGAGAAGGAGAAGGAGAACAUCAAGCAACUGAAAAUAAAUUUACUUGAAGAAAAAGAUGUAAUUGAAAAAGAAAGAGGGCUGCUGACUAGAGAUUUGGAUAAUAUGCAGAGACAGAAAAUGGAUAUAGAGAGAGAAAUUGAGAAUAUAAAAAUUGCGAAGCAAAAAAUUGAAAAUGAGAAGGAAGAGCUACAGAAGAUGAAAACUGACCUUCAAAUAAAAGCUGAGGACUUUGAUAAUCGAAUUGAAGAGACAAACAAAGAUAGACAGAAACUAAAAGAGAUGGCAGCCCAAUUUCAAAAACAGAGUGAUGACAUUAUUAGUCUUCCUGAAAAGAGCCAAACGGAGGAAGAGGUUUCAGUUGGAACAUAUGAUGAGAUAGAGAAGCGAAGGGAAGUCGAUAAAUCUGACACAUACCUGCUUCAAGAAGAAGAGCUGGAGAAAUCCAAGCUCAAAUUGAAGAUGAGAAGGAAAAAAUAA